UCCAUCCAUUCAUUCUUUCUUUUUUUCUUUUUUGAAUAAUAAUUACACUCCAUCCAAAUCUUUCUUUCUCUCUAAUGUAUAUAUAGUGACAACAAAAUUAUAAUGAUAGUCAAAAUAUAUCAUCAAAUGGGAGAUAUUGUCAAGCUUCCUCCUGGCUUUGUUUUCUCUCCAACAGAUGAAGAACUUAUCAUCCACUUUCUAUAUUCCAAGGCUUCUGAUCUUAUACCAUCCCACUCAAACUUCAUCCCUCAUCUAGAUCUCUCUCUAUUUCUUCCUUGGGAAUUAAAUGGUAAGGCUAUGUGUGGUGGAAAUGAUGAAGACCAAUACUAUUUCUUCACAAAACUGAACAAGGAAAACAGAUCCACUAAAAAUGGUUUUUGGAAGGAAAUUGGUGUGUCCGAACCAAUAUUUUCAGCUACUGAUCAAAAAGUGGGAAUGAAAAACUACCUAGUAUUCAACAUUUCACAAGGUGCUGAAACUAGUUGGGUAAUGCAAGAAUAUCACAUUUCCUCCAAUGUGUUUGAUAAAGUUGGUGAAAAUUGGAGCGAGUGGGUAUUAUGCAAAGUGUAUGAAGUUGAAAAGAACAUGUAUCCUGAACAAGGUUACAGCGAUGAUGACCGUGAGAGUAGUGGAACAGAACUUUCAUGGCAAGACCAAGUUUUUCUGUCUUUAGACUUGGACAUUGACAUGGAAGGAGGAAUAACCAUGAAUCAAUAUUAGCUAGGGUUGUACUAGUAUAUUUAAUUAGAUUCGAUGAGCACAACUAUGGUAAUAAAGAAACAAUUGAUUUGAUGGAGAUAAUCUUGCCAUGAUUGUUUUGGCGUACUUGGAUCAAACACAAUAAACAUCAUUGGAAGUUGGAAUUUAGAGGUUUGGUCUUUGUCUCCAUGAUGAAUCAAGUUUGCUUUUGGAGGAUAAAUGGGGUUGUUGUUGCUUAUAUGUUCUUGCAAGGGUGGCUCUUUCUAAGCAUUGUUAUAUCAAUAAUUCUGUUGUCAUUGCUUUUCAAAUUUUAUCUUUAUUGAAAUGAGUACAUGUUAUUUAUUUUUUUAUGAGUACAUGAUGUGUGCUUUUAGUAAAUUUUAUGAUUCCAAUGAAUAAAAGUGAUUAUCAAUUUAGGAAUUAAAUUAAA